CUUGAGACAGAGCCAGAGCCCGCCUCCUCGCUGACAGCAGGAAUGUGAAGUACACCUGAGCCCGAGCCGCCGGAGGAAGGAAGACUGAGUUCCAGCUGUUCCGGGACCGGAGUCCCUCUGCGAGUUCUCUCUGACGGUACGGAUCCGGGCCCAACGGAACCAGCAGAACCGGCAUGGAGGACUGCUGCCUGUCGGCGGACGAGGCGGAGACCCGCAGGAUCCACCGGCAGAUCGAGAAGCAGCUGCGUCUGGACAAACACAACUUCCGCCGGGAGCUGAAGCUGCUGCUGCUGGGGACCGGGGAGAGCGGGAAGAGCACCUUCAUCAAGCAGAUGAGGAUCAUCCACGGCAGCGGCUACAGCGAGGCGGACAGGAAGGGCUUCACCCGGCUGGUGUUCCAGAACAUCCUGAAGGCCGUGCAGUCGCUCAUCGAGGCCAUGCAGACGCUGCGGCUCCACUACGGGGACGAGCACAACGCCCGCCACGCCGAGAAGCUGAGCCAGGUGGAAACCACCCUCGUGUCCACGCUGGAGUCCUGGCAGGCGCACGCCAUCAAGAGCGUGUGGACCGACCACGGCAUUCAGAAGUGCUACGACCGCAGGAGGGAGUUCCAGCUGUCAGACUCUGCCAAAUAUUACCUGGAUGACCUGGAUCGGAUCACGGCGCCGGGUUACAUCCCCACCCUGCAGGACGUCCUGCGGGUCCGGGUUCCCACCACUGGCAUCAUCGAGUACCCGUUCGACCUCUCCAGGGUGGUUUUCAGGAUGGUGGACGUGGGCGGCCAGCGCUCAGAGAGGAGGAAGUGGAUCCACUGCUUCGAGGGCGUCACCUCCAUCAUCUUCCUGGCGGCCAUCAGCGAGUACGACCAGGUGCUCUCCGAGAGCCAGAACGAGAACCGAAUGUGUGAGAGUCUGGCCCUGUUCAAGACGCUCCUGUCCAGCACCUGGUUCCAGGAGUCCUCCACCAUCCUCUUCCUGAACAAGACCGACCUGCUGGAGGAGAAGAUCAGCCAGUCCCACCUGGCAGCCUACUUCCCCAGAUACACCGGACCCAAGCGAGACGCCGAGUCCGCAAAGAAGUUCAUCCUGAAGAUGUACACGGAGCGGCACGUCGGCCACCAGAAGCCGCUGUACACACACUACACCUGCGCCACGGACACCGAGAACAUCCGGGUGGUGUUCAGCGCCGUCAAGGACACGCUGUUCAGGGACAACCUGGACAAGUUUAACCUGCAGUGAGGCCAGAUCCCAGGGACCGAGGGACGCCUCUGCUGGGGACCAUGGCGGGGAACCACAGGAUGGAAAUACUGACGGAGGAACCACGGCCAGGAACUGAUGCUGGAGGAACCACGGUGGAGAACCACAGCUGGAAACCACCACUGGAGGGAACCACAGCGGGGAAACACAGUCCAGAUUCUGCUGGUCCUGGUUCCAGUCCAGGUUCUCCUGGACUUGGUACUUUCAAGAGUUGACAGUCACUGUAACAAGAAUCCAGCCGGGUGUUGUGUCCAGAUGAAUGUCUGAGUUCUCCUUGUUAAUGUUCAGAGUGUGUUGUUCUCCGUGUUCUCCACUGUUAGAGUGGAACAUGAGAAGGGUCUGAGGUUGUGUGGACGAUCAUCAUGUUGAAGACAUGACUGUGAAAACAGAAGCAUUAUUCUCUGGAAGCGUGGUGGUGGAACCGGGACUCCGACGGGUUCUCCAGUGUUCUGUCAGGAACCCGGUUCUGAGGAGGCUGGAGCGCCGCUGCCUCACACGUGUGUUUAGAAUGAGUGUGUUGUUUUUAUGAGUGUACGACUUCCUCCCAACUGAGAACACACAAUAAAACAUGAAGCGUC